UGCAUUGGUCCAGUGGCCCGGCCAGCCAGUACCCCUCCCUCAUGAGUUUCACGACUCUCGACUCCUCCCCCUAGCCUCCCAGCUCCCAGGACAUGGCGAAGCGAGCACUGCGUACCCUGCGUCGGUGGCCGCUGGCUGGCCUGGGCUUAGUUUCACCUCGUACCAUAUCUCUAUAUAGCGGUCGCAUCUCGCAUAGCCGUCGUGCGCCAACACACACACACACACUGUGCUUCCUCGAGCUUUCAUGCAUAGAAGCUAGAUACGCAGUGCCAGCCAAUGGUUUCGCCGGCGACCAGCGGUGGCCGUGGCGGCAAUGCGGGCCUCGCCGACCCGCUGCUUGCGACGAACGACGACAGCGACGGAGCACGGCAUGUGUUCGGCGCCAAGGCGAAGUACUGGGCUCCCGCCGACGAGAAGGAGAUGACGGCGUCACGGGAGUGCAGCGGCGAGGACGGCCGGCCGCUGUUGUACCGCACGUUUAAAGUCAAGGGCUUCCUUGUGAACACCUACAGGUUCUUGAACUUGGCCAGACUUACGGCGGUCAUCGUGUUUUUCGCAUGGCGUGUGCAGCACCCAGAUUCCGACGCAAUGUGGCUGUGGUGGAUCUCGGUCGUCGGAGAUUUCUGGUUCGGCCUGAGCUGGUGGCUAAACCAGGUCCCGAAGCUCAACCCCACCAUAUGCAUCCCCACGAUCCCCCUCCUGAGACAGCAGUUCGACCUGCCCGACGGCGGCUCCAACCUGCCCGUCCUGGACGUGUUCAUCAGCACCGUCGACCCUGUGGAGGAGCCCAUGCUCCACACCAUGAACUCCAUCCUCUCCAUCCUCGCCACCGACUACCCGGUCGACAAGUACGCCACGUACCUCUCGGACGACGGCGGAUCGCUGCUCCACUACGACGGGCUGGUCGAGACCGCCAAGUUCGCCGCCCUGUGGGUUCCGUUCUGCCGGAAGCAUCACGUUGAACCAAGGGCGCCGGAGAGCUACUUCGGGAUGAAGAUCCGCCCGUACACGGGGAAUCUGCCCGAAGAGUUCCUCGAUGACCAUAGGCGUUUGCGGAGGGAGUACGAGGAGUUCAAGACGCGCCUGGACGCACUGUUCACUGUCAUCCCGCAACGGUCAGAGGCGCACGGCCGUGAAGACGCCAAAGGAGGAGGAGGGAAGGCGACUUGGAUGGCGGACGGGACACAGUGGCCUGGCACAUGGACUGAGCCGGCUGAAGGUCACCGGAAAGGAGAUCACGCUGGAAUUAUUCAGGUUAUGCUGUCCCAGCCAAGCAGCGAGCCUCAGCUCGGCGAGCCAGCAAGCUCCGACGACGGUCCGCUGGAUUUCAGCGCCGUCGACGUGCGGCUGCCGAUGCUGGUGUACGUGUCCCGGGAGAAGCGCCCGGGCUAUGACCACCAGAAGAAGGCAGGCGCGCUGAACGUGCAGCUGCGCGUCUCCGCUCUGCUCUCCAACGCGCCCUUCAUCAUCAACUUCGACUGCGACCACUACAUCAACAACUCCCAGGCCUUCCGCGCCGCCAUGUGCUUCAUGAUGGACCGGCGCGACGGCGACAACGUCGCCUUCGUCCAGUUCCCGCAGCGCUUCGACGACGUCGACCCCACGGACCGGUACGCCAACCACAACCGCAUGUUCUUCGACGCCACCAUGCUUGGCAUGAACGGCAUCCAGGGGCCCUCCUACGUCGGCACCGGCAGCAUGUUCCGCCGCGUCGCGCUCUACGGCGCCGACCCGCCUCGGUGGCGCCCGGACGACGUCAAGGUGCUGGAGAACCCCAACAAAUUCGGCAAGUCGAUGACGUUCAUCAACUCCAUACCGGUGGCCGCGAACCAGGAACGGUCCGUCAUGUCGCCGGUGUCGCUUGACGAGCCGGCAACGACGGAGCUGGCCGACGUCAUGACGUGCGCGUACGAGGACGGGACGGAGUGGGGCGAUGGCGUCGGGUGGGUGUACGACAUGGCGACGGAGGACGCGGUGACCGGCUUCCGGCUGCAUCGGACGGGGUGGCGGUCCAUGUACUGCGACAUGGAGCCCCCCGCGUUCUGCGGCACGGCCCCGAUCAACAUGACGGAGCGCAUGUACCAGAUCCUGCGCUGGUCGGGGGGCUCCUUGGAGGUGUUCUUCUCCCGUUUCUGCCCGCUCCUCGCCGGCCGUCGGCUCCACCCCAUGCAGCGCGUCGCCUACACCAACAUGACGUUCUACCCGCUCUCGGCGCUCUUCGUCGUCUGCUACCACCUCUUGCCGCUGAUGUGGGUCUUCAACGGCCGGUUCUACAUCCAGAAGCCCUACCCGACGUACGUGAUGUACGUCCUCAUCAUCAUCAUCUCCAACGAGGUGAUCGGCAUGGUGGAGAUCGUGUGGGCGGGGCUCACGUUGCUCGACUGGUUCCGCAACGAGCAGUUCUACAUGAUCUGCGCGACGGGCGUGUACCCGACGGCGGUGCUGCACGUCGUGCUCAGGUCCCUCGGCCUGAAAGGCAUAUCCUUCAAGAUGACGGCGAAGCAGCUGGCCACCGGCGCGAGGGAGAGGUUCGCCGAGCUGUACGACGUGCAGUGGGCGCCGUUGCUGAUACCCACACUGGUGGUGAUCGCCGUGAACGUGGUUGCCAUCGGCGCGGCGGUGGGGAAGGCGAUCACCUGGGGCUGGUCGGCCGGGCAGGUCGUCGAGGCGGCCAGCGGGCUCAUGUUCAACGUGUGGAUCCUGCUCAUGUUCUACCCGUUCGCGCUCGGGGUUAUUGGGCGCUGGGGCAAGAAGCCCUAUGUCCUCUUCGCCAUGUUUGUGGCCGCGUUCGCUGCCAUUGCGGCGGUGUAUGUCGCCGUCCAGGCGGCGCUCGCUGGCAACCUGCCGUACUUCCAGCUGGGACACUGGUCGAUCGGCGGUGCCGUUUCUCUGCCAAGCCGGCGGGUUUAGCUGGUGUCGUUCGAUUGAAGCAGGUCGCGCAGAAUUUGGUCGAUCGACCACCAGCUAAAAUCCUGCCCUGCUGGGUGAUGUGGCUAGCUACCUGAGCUAGUUUAUUUUUGUUUUUUUGUUCAACAAUUCAUUAGUGUUGUAAGAGCUCUAGCUGAAGCUGCUUGUGUUAUCGCAGUUAUCUGAAGUUAUGUUUAAAAAUGGAAAGAAUAAUAAUAGAAAGUUCCUCAUGUCA